GCCAACUGAGCUACCGCGAGGCCAGACACCGAGAAAAAAGAUGAGCAAGGUCAUCUGGGCAGGGCGUCAUUGCGCGAGCGGAAAGAUAACGCUCAACGCUCGAACUGGCCGAGACGAUUGUCGUUAAGCCACAAUGUUAGAUUCCGACCAUACGUUCAUCAGCGCAGUCCGACUCCAGGGAUCCCGUCGAAGACAUGACGGCGCUGAAGAAGGCGGCGGAAUUCCCCCUGCCCAUUCUCCCGCCUACUUCUUGUGGUUCUUCCUUGCCUUGCUGCUGAUGGGCCUCUCCAUGCCCAUCGGCUUCCUCAUACUUCAUCUGACACGUUCCGCGAGACGACCUCAGGACAUAGCCUCUGACGUCGCGGCCACGAAGAACGCAAACCGGACAUCACUGGUGACACUUCCGCGACCUCUGAGCCUGUGGAUGCCUCCGGUGCGUUGUGGGCGGCCGGUAUCUUUUUUCGAACCAUCGGCGGAACAGUACAAGGCUUUCCAGAAGACCGUGGCAGCACCUGGCUCGGGUCAACAUUUUCAGGGUGACGGUGCUGUCUUCUGCUACUACAACCGUUCCCGCCUUACAAUACUUGAGGGUCAGGCCUACCGUCCAUUUCUCAUUCCCUCCCAGUUCUGCAGCCACGUCAUCUACGGCCCUGUCCCCAUUGAUCACAGCACCCUUUACCUUCUAACCGUUACUUACGACGAAAUGCUUCUGGAAGACCUCGAAACACUCAGGUCUUCUGGAGCAAAACUCGUGGUGUCCGUCGGAGGACCCGAGCACGACGGGACCUUCUCUAUACUUGCCAACAGGACCGGCUUCUACUCCAGACUCGCUGUCAACUUGGUGUCUUGGAUCAAAGAACACAAAUUCAGCGGCGUCGACCUCUACUGGGUGGACCUCGAUGGUCCCUGUGGCCGUGCCGACGAUACCCAUGCCCUGACACGAUUAGUGAGGCAUCUUCGGCGAGCGUUUGCCGUGAACGACCCAUCGCUGGUGAUUACCCUUCACGUACCAGAAGCAGGACGGGGACAAAUACUAAACCUUACUCGAGGAACUGUAGAUUACUAUUUUCUACCAAGAUCGCCGUGCGAGUCCACGGAAUUCCACGGUGCCCUGAGGCAAAUGAACCAAAGCAUUAUCGACAACCUGUGUUUCACUCUAUCCCCGCUGGGAACGGCAUUCUCAGAGAACACGCUGGAAGUGGUAGAAGCCAUGUUGCCUUAUCACGUGGCGUGUCAGUUGAACGGAACCGAAAGGUUCCGCGAUUCGUGUCAGGCAAAGCUGGUGCUCGAAGGCAACAGCAGCGUGUGGCACGUCUACGAAUCUCCUGAUACGGUUGCAGAGAAAGCGCGGGAAGUGCGCAAGAUGGCACCGAACAACAGUUGCUUCUUGGUGAGCGACGUGGACAUGGACGAUUUUCUGGGAUCCUGUGGACCGAAGCAUGCCUUGCUUCAGUCCGUUACAAUGAGUGGUCGAAGAUAAGGAUUCGUCCCAUGAAAGUACGCCCAGAUCAUGACUGCACGAGACUUAUUGUCCGCUUAUAAUAAAUUGUGAUCAACAGCUGUA